AUUAAUUUGUGGUCAAAAUCAUUGGUAUAAUGCGAGUGAAAGUGUUGUAUGAAUUCAAAGCUCAGCCAAACUCUGGAGAACUCAGUAUUAAUGCCAACGAAAUACUGACAGUGAACCGAAAGGACGUGGGGGAGGGCUGGUGGGAGGGCACGAACCAGAGGGGCGAAGUGGGCCUCUUUCCGGCCGGUUAUGUCGAGCCAUUGGCUCCCGAGGCAGAGGUGGUCGCCAACAGUCAACAGUCGAGUUACGACUUCGGAGACGGAGAUUGGGGUGAAGACGACUGGGAUGACGACGACGACAGCCAGGCCUCCAACUCGCAGUCCAACUACGACUACUACCCGACCUCCAACUCGGGCCCACACCCCACGAGUGCAACCACUCCUACAUCCCAAUUGGCACCCAUCACAGUGUCGGGCCAUCCCUCGAAAGCACCGCAACAACAGACACAGCAAACGGUUCGCAAGAGUUUCAACCGAUUCUCCACUUUCGUGAAGUCCGGCGGAGAAGACUAUAUAUUAGGCAUAAAGACAUUGAAAGUGAAUGAAAAUGACUUCAUAUAUAUCUUGGAAAGUGAGGCCACAUUCAAGUGGGCGCCCAAUGAAAGGCCAUCCGAUGUGUCGGUCGAUAAGCCCAAGAAAGAGAGCAAAAUGAAAGGAUUGAAGAGUUAUAUCGCGUAUCAGUUGACUCCCGACUCGACGCAUAUUCAAGUGAGCCGUCGUUACAAACACUUUGAUUGGUUGCACGAAAGACUUCAGGAUAAGUUUACCACAAUCCCGAUCCCCGCACUGCCCGACAAACAGAUCUCUGGCAGAUAUCAAGAAGAGUUCAUUGAACACAGGCGGACACAACUCCAGUCGUGGGUUAGACGCAUUUGCAGACAUCCAGUGCUCUCCCAGUGCGAGGUUUGGCAACACUUCAUGACCUGUGCUGCGGACGAGAAGAAGUGGAAAUUAGGCAAACGGAAGGCCGAAAAGGACGAGUUGGUCGGCGCGUCGCUCUUCUUCGCUGUUCAGCCGCCGCCGAUGUCGAGCUCUCUCGACAUACAGACUGUGGACCGAAAGAUGGAUCAAUUCAACCGAUUUGUGUCCAAAAUGGAUGAUUCAGUGAAGUUGUUGUAUAUCACAGCACAAGACCAGAGCAAGAAGUUUGGCGGUCCCUACAAACGCGAGUUCUCCAAAAUAGCCCACUCUUUGCAUACAUUGUCCGAUGCGUUCGCCUUCAGUGGAGUGGACGGACAGCCCAACAACGAUAGGCUCAACAAUGCUAUCAAACACACGAGCGAUACAUACGAUGCGAUCGGAAGACUAUAUUUGGAGCAACCGAAGCAUGACUUCGGCCCGAUGUGUGACAUUCUGCACGAAUACAAAGGCAUACUCACGGCGUGGCCGGAGAUCCUUCAGGUCCAUAAGGGGGCCAUCAAUAAGAAGAAGGAACACCAGAAGAUGUUAGACGAGGGAAAGAUCGAUGACAAGUCGGUCGCGCAGAUCAACCAACGCGCAGAUGUGGUCACACUGUCGACAAUGGCUGAGAUAAAUCACUUCCAAGAGGAGAGGGUCGUCGACUUCAAGGAGGCGAUGCACCACUUCCUCACCAAUCAGAUCCAAUUCUAUGAGAGCAUUGCGUCCAAACUCAGAGAUACCUUAAACUUAUAUGACUUUUGA